UUAUUACAAGCGUCCCCGAAUGGCGCCUAUGAAGCCACCACGAAAACCUUUCUUCGAUUUUCGACUCUCCAAAUUCGUGAUUGGCACCUUUGUUUUAGAAAAAAAUGAACUCGAAGAAGAUAAAGGAGACUGCAGACUUAGAUUCUAUCUUAAUAAUUCAACGGAUCCUUUAUCCAAGCAGGAUGCGAUUGCUAUCACUUGGCGUAGUGGACAAACUCGAUUGGUUUUUGACAUUCAACAUGUAUUGAAGAUAACAUUAACCCAGAAAACUGGCUACUUUGUAAUUUCCACCGAUGGUGUGGCUCAGGUUGAAAAAUUGGAUAAUGGUACGUAUGUAACCAGCGAGGAAGAUCCAACUAAUGGUCAAUUAGCCCUACAUAGCAAUAAUAUUGAGUGCUUUGUCGAUAUGGAUAAUCCUGUCACUCAGCCUAAAUGGACACGAGCAAAUAUCAAUGAGUGGACUAAUGAAGGAUCAAGUUUUAGGAAAAUACUUGAAGUUACAGAUGUGGAAGUGGUUAAGACAUUAGAGGAUGUAGUAAAUUCGUGGGCACGCACUUCUAAUAUCGGUUUGCAGAGUGAUAGAAUGCUUUUUGCGAAAGUUCAACUUUGCAAAGUGGAUCGACUUUUCGAAAUAAUCACACGUUUGAUACGUAAAGAAUCUUCUCUUGGUCCAGCAAUUGAUGGAUUGACUAACCUCAUUAAAGAACUUUCUGAAAAAGCAAAUGUUUCAUCUUCCGAAUUAGAAAAAGCGGUCGCCCCGAUCGUGAAUACUAUACCGGAAUAUUUGAUCUUGAGGGCGUUGGAUGCUAUGUGGAAGGCGGAAGAGAGAGAAAG